AAACAUUCUUCACUUCCUGGUUUCAUCGCCUCGCUUCCAUUCUGCAGAAUGAGGUCGUGCUUCGUGCUUCUCGUUGUUUCUCUGCUGACAUCAUGUGAAGCACAAGGAACCAUUGAGACUCCUGUGUUUGUGCUGAAGGGACGUGAUCUGCUCCUGGAUCUUCAUGCUAAUCCUCCUGAGGGUUUUUCAUAUGUUGACUGGAAAAUCAAUAAAACAGCCCAGUUAGUAAGAUUUGGUCCUAGUGGAAAAGCAACGGUCCUUCAUAGUGUCUCUGUAAGGUUUGAGUUUCCUGAGAAAAACUUCUCUGUGAUAUUGAAAAAUCUCCAAGAGGCCGACAGUGGAGUUUAUUCUGCUGUAGCAUUAACACCUACAGGAGACAAACUAGUAGCUGAGUACAAGGUCACAGUUCAAGAACCAGUGUCUCCAGUUGAACUGACCGUGGACCGAGUGGACUCCAUGAGCUCAGAGUCAUGUGACCUCCAUGUGACCUGCAGGACUCACAACUCUGACAUCAGCAGCACUUUCAGAUGUGUCGACCGGGUCUGCAGUCAGGAGGGUGGAGAGCGAUCAAAGGUCACGACCUUAGGGGCUUCUCUCCAGGUCUACCUGCUGAACACCGUGAUCAUCUGUAACCAUAGCAACCAGGUUCAUGGGACCCAGGACUGGAUUCUUGCUGAACCUCUUUGCUACUCAAAACCUGCUGAACAUCUUUGUCCCUCAAUUCCCGACCCUCCCUUUCACUCUCACUCUGGCUGGGUGAUUGCUACUUGCAUUCUCACUGUCAUUGUCGUCAUGUUUGUGGUUCUAUUCAUCUGGUUUUAUCAUCAAAGGAGAAUAAUCCCAGAUUCAAGAGGGAUUGUCAACAAUACAGUUUAUGAAAAUCCUCUGAAGAAAACACCGGCAUCACAUCCGAAGUUGAGCCCACCAGUCUACGCUGCAGAGGGAUGACGUUACUAUGGAAGGAGCUUCACCGGUGUGAGUUGCUGACGAUGUGGGCGUGGCCAGAGAGAUUUUUUUUUAUUUUGAAAAAAACUUUUUUUACAUUAACUAAUAGCCAUAUGUAUACAAAUUAGAUAGGUAUAUAAUAUAAAAUGUAUCUAGUAAUCAGUUUGGACGAUCUGGACUCCGCCGCACUACUCCAGCAUCUAGUUGUCCGCGGGUCGCCCCGCACACGAUCCUCCUCAGCCAGGCUGACGCCUCACUCUGUCCCCGGUUGUGCUCCCCCCUUGUCUGGUAUUUUUUUUUAAUUAGACCGUAUGCAGUAGUAUACGCUGUAUUUAACAUUAUAUAUUAUUAUAUAGAUUUUACAUCCACCAAAAAAUAUUUA